UUCCCUUUAUAUCUCAUUUCCGUUACUCCGUUUUUCAGAAUUUCAGAUAUGAAAAUGAAAAUCAGAGAAAAAUCCAGGAGUUUCAAAUAUCUUUCCAAGUUCAGCGGACUCACCGUUGCCGCCGCCGCCGCCAAGCCCAAAGACGUUCCUUCUUCUCCGGCUGUCUCUCCGUCGCCGGAAAUGGAUCCCGGAAUCUGGAGUCGACUACCACCGGAACUUCUCGAUCACAUACUCUCUUUUCUCCCUCUCAGAACUUAUUUUAAUCUAAGAUCCACUUGUAAGCAUUUCGAUUCUCUCUUAUAUUCUCCUUCCUUCGUCUCUAAGCAUUCCGAUUCCUCUUUCUCUUCCUUUCUCUUGCUAGCGCAUCCUCAAUGUUUCAGUCAGUUCCCUCUCUACGACUCUGCUCUCGGCACUUGGCGGAGCUUCCCACUCUCUCUUUCCGUUUCGCUUCUUUCCGCUACUCCUUCUACUGCUCUUCUUUCCACCGCCAAUGGUCUCGUUUGCUUCUCUCUUCGCAAUUCAUGUUCCUUCGUUGUCUGUAAUUUCUUGACCAAAUCUUCUCGACUCAUUGAAUUUCCCUAUCAUCCAUUCGCAUUCGAGCUUCUCACGUUGGUUUCCGUGCCCCUAGGGUACAAGAUUUUCACGCUCUUCUCUGAUUCCGCCUUGGUCUUCGAUUCCAGAGAUCAUUCCUGGCGAAGAUUCGACAAUUUCGAACCGAUUCUCGGGGAUAAUCAUCGUCAAGAAGCUGCUUACUAUAACGGCCGUUUGUAUUUUGUUACGCCUGAGCCCUUCUCUAUUGUUUCCUUCGAUUUGGAUAAUGGCGAGUGGGAGCAAACAGAUAUUGUAAUGCCUGAGGAGCUCACGUUUGUUAGAUUAGUGAGCGAUGGAGAUGGGAAACUGUACAUGAUCGGUGGAACAGGAAGGAAUGGGAUCUCGAGGAGCUUGAGAUUAUGGGAAUUCUCUGAACAGAGAAAUUGGGUGGAAGUUGAAAGUGUACCACAAAUGAUUUGUAAGAAGUUCAUGUCGAUUUGCUACCACAAUUACGAGCACGUUUAUUGCUUUUGGCAUCAGGGAACCAUCUGUCUUUGUUGCUACACUUGGCCGGAGAUUUUGUACUACAAAUUUUGCAGGAGAUCUUGGCAUUGGCUUCCCAAAUGCCCUUCUCUACCGGAGAGAUGGAGCUGUGGUUUCAGAUGGUUUUCUUUUGUGCCAGAACUGUACGCAUCUGCCUAACUUGUUUCACUCUGUCAUUUUGUUCUUACUUUGGUCAGUCUGUGUGUUAUGUGUUUGUAGAAAUGCUUCUUAAGGAAGCUCUUGAAUCUGCCAGAGCUGAGUCUUUUCUAUAGAAACUAUCAUAUUAGAUAUCAUGGGUUCCACGACCAGAGGAGAUUAACUCUCUAUUGAUGAUGUCCUCGGUGGGAUUUUCAACGCAUCUCGAGAUGGUAUUUCUUUGGGUUUAACUUUUUAGGUUUCAUCUAGAAAAGAUUAGCUCGUUGAUUGAUUUUAUAAAUAUUAUGAGGAGCCAUAUCUUUCAAUAUGGGAUCAUAUACAACAAUAAUUUAUGUUCAUCUCUUUCUUGAGCUUUUUGGGUUCCAUCUGAUGCAAAUUGCUGCUUGACUUGCUAGAAAGUAUUUAGUUGAGGAUACAAGUUAUUGACUUUUGGGGUUCAAAUUGUGAUGCCCAUAGUGAAAAAGUCAAAUGAUUUGCUUAAAAUCUAGAUCAAAGACUUGUACAUAAACUUAGAUUUGCACAUGUUUCAUUAUCAGAUUCACUUUUUGUAUUA